UCGUGGGUCAUGUUCUUAUAUGGCAGUACCAAAGUUUUCAAACUCUACCAUAUGAUCCGAUAAUGUCUUAUCCUCUUUCCAUGCCUUGUUCUUCUCACACUCAUUCUUCCCUCAACACCAACAUCGCCAUGAACAUGGCCACUGCUUCAUCUGCAUCUGCAUCUCUAUGCCUUCCUUCACACAUCAUCAAAAAGCCACUGGGAUUUCACCCUUCAAGCCUCCACAACAAGUCUUUUUCAAAGUCUAAUGCAUCCACCUCCAUCCUCACAUGCAAGGCAUCAUCAUCAUCAUCAUCUUCUGUGAUAGACUUUGACUUGUAUGAGCUUCUGGGCAUAGACAGCUCGUGUGAUCAGUCAGAGGUGAAAGUGGCAUAUCGCAAUCUUCAGAAGCGCUGCCACCCUGACAUUGCUGGCCCUGCUGGUCAUGACAUGGCCAUCAUACUUAAUGAAGCUUAUGCCAUUCUCUCUGACCCAAAUGCACGCCAUGCCUAUGAUAAGGAGCAAGCAAAGAGUUCAGAAUUCAAAGGCUUCACAGGCAGACCCAUAUACUCGGUUUGGUGUGGAUCAGAAAGUGAGCAGCGAGCAAUAUUUGUUGACGAGAUCAAAUGUGUUGGCUGCCUCAAAUGUGCACUGUUAGCAGAAAAGACUUUUGCUGUUGAAUCAGUUUAUGGAAGAGCAAGGGUUGUUGCUCAGUGGGCUGAUUCCCCACAAAAAAUUGAUGAGGCAAUAGAAUCUUGCCCUGUUAAUUGCAUUUCAGUUGUUGAGAGGUCCAACCUUGCAGCUUUGGAGUUCUUGAUGUCCAAGCAACCACGUGGCAAUGUAAGAGUAGGCGCAGCUCAUACAGCAGGUGCUCGUGUUGCUAACAUAUUUGUAGACGUGGAGAAGUUUCAAACUAGAUUCCAAGAAUCAAAACAAAAAGCUUCCAAGUCUUCUAAGGAAACAGACCUCCAAAGACAAUCAAGAAUGUCAGCAAUUCAAGCAAUAAGAUCAAUUUCCAAUUGGUUAUACUGGCAAACACCUAGUGCAAGCAGUGGCUCAUCAAAAUCUGAAAAAAGCAUGACAAGAGUUGUAUAUAAAUUGCCUGAACCAGAUAUCAGCAAGCUCAGAGACGCAGCUGCAAGGAAGAAAGUCAGAGAAAGGACAAGGACCAAACAUCAAGCCCCAUUAAAUUGUAUUCAUCCAGAGGAUUAUUGGACUCCUUCAACUCAUGUCCUUCCUUCUUCAACUACAACUACUGCUACUCCAACCCCACCUGAGAAGCCUUCAGUUAAAGGACAGAAAAACACAAAGGAAAUUGAUCAUGAAUCAUAUGAGAAUCAAAAUAGCCCUAUUAGAUGGGGACUACCAAUGGUUACUGCAUUGACUGCAGUGGUUACAGUUCAUGUACACACACUUGGGUCAACACCUGAGUUGCAAGAACAUGUGGGUGGUUCUCUUGCUCUGGAUAUUGUUAAUAGCUCUUGGUUGCAGAGCAUACUGGCAGCAGCUACAUGGUACAUGAUUGGAAUGGCAAUUACAGAACUUUUAGCCUUAAUUGGAAGUAAAAAUAGAUAGAAGUACAUAUUAGGUACUUUAAAGUUUAGUAGCAAAGAUAUAUAGAUACAAUACAAGUAAUAAGGUGUAAGGUAUAUAAAAUUGCACAUGAAUCACAGUAGAUUAUGUAUAACAACUUCUCCAUUAAGAAUGCCAUACUUCAUCAAUUCCUGAAA